AUGAGUCUUCAUCUCGAGUCUCUGCGGACGCUGCAGUGGGUGCGCAACGCCGAGCGAACUGAAUGCGUCGUAUGCUGCCGCAGAUUUAACCAACUAACGCGCCGAAGACAUCAUUGUCGACUAUGCGGCGAAGUGAUUUGUCGCGAAUGCUCGGUACACAAG